GCGGUCGCCAAAAAAAAAAAAGAAAAAAACGAAAUUGUCACCGUUUUUUCCCUUUGUCUUCUUCUCUGCAAAAUCUCUCAGCUUUAUCUUGUCACUUUUCUUUUCCGUCUCAUAAAAGAACAAAAUUGAAGAUUAAUGGGUACUGGAUGGCGGCGAGCCUUUUGCACCACCGCCCCUAGAAAGAGUGACGCGGCGGCCCCGGAUCUUGACAAGCAACACGAGGGAUACACUCUCAACCACAACCCUAGCCCAAGAAGCUGCGUGAGGCUAGCUUUUCUCUCCGGAGGAAGUAAUUCGUCGACUCCCCGACCAAGUUAUAGUCCAAGCCUGCGUUGUCGGACAACGGAUGCCAAUAAUCCUGCUCCCACCGCGGAGCAAAUCCAGACACCAAGAUUGGCGACAAAGAGCCCCAGACUAUCUUUGAAGGCCAGGUCGAACCCUUCAUCUCCUCGGUCGCCUUUAAAGCUUUCUCUAUUCCGCAACAGCUUCAAAUUCCGAAGCAAUUGCGGAAUUUGUUUGAACAGCGUGAAAACAGGGCAAGGGACGGCAAAGUAUACGGCAGAGUGUUCACAUGUGUUUCACUUCCCUUGUAUCACCGAUUAUGUCGGUAAACACGGCAAGCUUGUUUGCCCUGUUUGUAACUCCCUUUGGAAAGACGCUUCUCUUCUUACUCCUCAUCGGAAAGUAAUUGAACCGGAGAAGCGUGUUGUUACCGUCGCCGCACCGAAGCAGUCUCACAAUUACGAUGAUGAUGAGCCUUUGCUUUCCCCACGGUUUGUCACCACUAUACCUGAAGCCGAUGAGAAUCGCGGAGGUGAAGAGGAUGUGACUCAGUUCAAAGGAUUUGUGGUGGACCCUACCCCUUCCUUUGCAGUCAAAUCUCAUGAGAUUCCGGCCAAGGGUCGAGAUUUCGGAAAUGUCCAGGUGAGCUUGUUGCCUGAAUCUGCCGUCGUCUCUGUUGGGUGUGGUUACGAGACCCGUGCAGUGGCUCUGCGAGUGAAGGCGCCACCACCUCUAGCUGCAAGAGGGCGUAGGCUUUUUUUAGAUCCAUCUCAACGUGCGCCGGUGGAUCUGGUGCUUGUAGUUGAUUUAGGUGGAACCAUGAACGGUGCGAAACUCCAGAUGGUCAAACGAGCCAUGCGGCUUGUUAUUUCCUCUCUCGGAUCUUCUGACCGCCUCUCUAUCGUCUCCGCUUCCUCCUCCAAGAGACUCCUCCCACAAGAGAAUGGCGAACGCUCUGCUGGAGUGGUGGUGGAUGGCCUCCUCUGCUGUCAGAGUUCUAAGAUAAGCGAUGGUUUAGAAAAAGCAGCAAGAGUGCUGGAGGAUCGUAGGGAGAGAAACCCAAUCGCUAGCAUCGUACUCCUCAAGGACGGUGGUCAGGGAAUUUCGAGUAGAGCCAACACAAAUCAAAGGUCCACAAUAACACGCUUCCCUCACAUAGAGAUUCCUGUUACCGAGUAUGGCUUUGGAGAGAGCCAAUCUCGUGUCGAAGACUCUUUCGCUAAAUGCAUACAAGGAUUGCUUAGCGUGGUUGUUCAAGACCUAAGGAUCCAAUUUCGAGUUGGGUCAGGAUCUGGACCAUGUGAAAUCGCAGCCAUUUAUUUAUGCAAUGGUCAACCCACUUUGGUGAGCUCUGGUUCUGGAUCAGUCCGGCUUGGGGACCUAUACGCGGGCGAAGAAAGAGAGCUUUUAGUGGAGCUUAGGAUCCCAUCAACGGCCAGCAUGGCCCACCAAGUUCUGUCAGCUAGAGGUCUCUAUAAGGACCCUUCCACGCAAGAAGUUGUAUACGGACGUGACCAAUCACUCCACGUUCCCCAAGCCGUAAGAUCUUCUUCUCCAACUAUUGCACGGUUGAGGAGCCUUUUCAUAAUGACACGGGCGGUUGCCGAGUCUCGAAGGCUGGUAGAGUACGGGGAAUGCACAAGCGCUCACCACUUGUUAUCGUCAGCGCAUGCAUUGCUUGGGCAAUCAACAACGGGGGAGGCGGCGGAGUAUACCAAGGUGGUGGAGGCCGAGUUGGUGGAAGUUCAGUGGAGGAGGCAGCAGCUAAUGGAAUAUCAGAGUCAGCACCAACAACAACAUAUUCAGCGGCGGAGAGGAAGCGAAAGAGACACAACGAUGAUCUUAGUGGACGAAAACGGCCAGCCUUUGACUCCCGCGUCGGCAUGGAGAGCGGCUGAGAAGCUGGCUAAGGCGGCUAUGAUGAAGAAGAGCGACUUGCACGGCUUCGAAAAUGCUCGAUUUUAAUUUUAAUUUUUUUAAAAAAAAAAUCUUUUGAAUAAAAGAACAAAGGGAAAUGUGUACUAGUCCGAAUGGUAUCCAAAAACAAACUGUAUUGGUUCGAAUGCGAAGAGCUUUUUUAUUUUUUUUUACCAAGACGCCAAGAUCA